AUGCGCAGUUCGGAUUUUCGCCCGGGAGGUGAGCAGAGACGCAAGAUGCAAUGGAUAACCAGUAUAGAGACGGGGGCUCCUGAGAUCAUUUCUCUGCUCUCCAAUCCUCCCCACCUCCUGUUGACUUUCAAAGGCAGAAGUCCGCAAAUCAAAACAGCAGAGGGCCUACACACUGGGCCCCGAGACAAGCCAGGACAUGUCUGCGAACAUCCAUAUUCUGGCAGCACCCAGAACGCACUACCAAACUGCAUCCCCAGCACCCUCUCCCCACACACUCUCCGCACACCUGGAUCAUCUGUUCUCAGACAAGACUUCUAUUCUUUUCCUCUUCUGGACUGCUGCUUACUCUCAGGGGAGGACCAUCCUACACAGAAGCUGGACAUAAUCUGCUUCUGGCCGAGCACAAGACAAGGCAAUUUGCCUUGUCACAGAGCUCCAAUGGAUCAGCCCCCUUUCAGCCAGGGAAGUCCUGAUUAUGAAGCAUCGCUGGCACAGAGCAUAUCUGGGAGUAGUGCAGCAAACUACUCCAAUGAUUCAUUUGAAUCCAGUACAGAUGAACCUAUCUGGAAUUAUGAAAGUGAUUCAUUUGAAUCUGAUGAACCUGAUCCGAGCUAUGAAAGUGCUACAUUUGAAUCGUUCUCACAAGUGAACUCUCAUGAAGUUUCAUUUUCUGAAACCACCAGCAUUACAUCAGAAGCAGUUGAGGUCUCGGACAGGAAUGAUACAGAGAAUGACUUCAUUGAGAAAUGGAUAACAAAACUUGCAAAAAGGAAGCUUCAGUCAGCAAAUUCUUCAAGACCUCAGCUCAGCUCAGUUGCUCAGCCAAAUUAUGCAGAGACAGAGAAUUCCUCUUUGAUGUCUUAUUGCUCCAUGAAGAUUCGGCAUCUGCAUCAACAGCCAACAAUAACCCAAGAGAAAAAACAACAUCCAGGACAGCAGGACCGGAGUCCAGCAGAAAGGCAUCCUUCAUGUUGCAUCCCCAGUAUGAUAAUUAACAGACUACAAAUGCAGAGUUUCAAGGAAACCAUGAAACAGGUCAUACAGUCUGAGAUGCAUGACCCAUCUUUAUGUCCAGAUUGCAUCCAAAAACAGGCAGAGCUGGCUCAAAGUCACUUUGUCAGGAUGAGAAAGACUAAGCUGCAAGCUGAUUUGAUGAACCUGAAAUUGGAGGAAUACACAUACAAAAACGACCUGCUGACUUACAUUGGAGAAAUUCACCAGUCCCUGCCCAAGCCCUCAGACGGUUGCAGUGCCAUUUGGCAGAGACUAUACACCAGUGUUAAGACAUAACAUGUAAUCUGUGUCCUUUUUCUCUUCUUGAUU